AUGCAGCGUGUGGACCACGACCCCAUCCUUUCUAUCGUGACGUUCGAGAACAUGGCGCAGAGACUCAUCGACUGGACUAUGGGUUCUGAGCUGCGUUACGAAGGAGACGUUUCUGGGGCAAAGUGGCGGACGUCAAGGAAACACGCGACACCUGCACCAAGUCAGAUGAAGACAGUGAGGGCUUCUCAGUGA